UUGACCGUACAAACACUCAAAUGGUUAUUAAUGUUGCAAGAGAAAGUUUCAAUUCGAAUUGAGAAAACAAACAAACAAAACGAGAACCACCUUUCUUUGAGUAGGUCGAUUACGAGUCUCGCAUCUAUGAUUCAGUAUUGAUUAUCACGAUUGACAACACACACUCUCAUAAUUAUUUAAUAACUCUCACUUGCAACAUACUUUAAUCUACUAUAAUGCUAAAAUCAAGAAAUUAUUACAUUACAUCGUUACAAACAUUGAUCUUCUCGAUUGUGCUCAUAAACUUGGUGGCAUCCUCAAGGAUCACAGUGAUACCAGAUGCGAAUAAUCCAGAUUUUGAGAGCGAUGCACGGAAAACACCUGCCACCAAUGCCCCAAGUUUCAUUCAACUUGUGAUCAUGCGCUUAAUUUAUGGCAUUGCAUCAACGAUCGGCGUCGAGGAUCGUUUAGAAGAUACAUUCAAUGGAGCAUUUAUUCCUCCCAACGCUGACGAUGGUCUUCUUGGAUUUGGCGGUGGUGGUGGCGACAGUGAAGGAGAUGGCUUUCUAGGCGGCAUCUUUGAAGGAGACGAUUAUCUCUAAAACGCCAUUGGUGGAUCUGUUGAUGUGAAUCGAUUGUUAAUUUAUUUUAAAUUUAAAUCAACUUUAAUGUAAACUGUUAAAAAUGGUAAAUGUAGGAGAUUACUAUCUUUAAAAAUGCCAUAGAUUAAUUAUUUAUUUAAAAACUAAAACUUUUAUUGUCUAUUUAAAAUAUGGUGAAAUAGGGGCGGAGUCUUUGAAGACAUAAAGACAUAAUCUUUGAUGCCUUCGAUCUAGUGAUGUUUACACGACUCUUAAUUGAAAUAAAACCUAAAAUAUUAUAUAUUUAAAAUAAGAAGACCGCACUUGUUUUCUAAUUUAAAAUUACAUUUUAUUUCAUUAUUUUAAUGCACAUGUUAAGCAGCAAAAAUUGUGCACAAUUAGCUCCAUCUGUAAUGAGCGUAAGCACGAUUGGUUUCACACUGUCGGUGCAGAUCGUCCUUCUUCUUGAUCACCCUUCCCUGGCCACAGGCAGCAUCCAAGAUUUCCCAAGCCAACUUGUCGGGCAACUUCACUUUACGCUCCUUCUCGCGCGCCGCAUCUAAAAUCCAU